AAACUUCGGUAUUCCAAGUUUAUAAGGGACUAUUUAUUUUUCUUGAGUUUGUAAGGGGAUUUUUUUUUAAUUUGUGGGGGAGAGGAAAUUCGAAAUAUAUCUAUCUAUCUAUCUAUCUAGAUAGAUAGAUAGAUAGAUAGAUAGAUAGAUAUGAUAGACGGUUUGCUAUUAACACCAGUCGCAGAUUUAUUAGUGGGUGGUGGAGAGGGUGCAUUGUAAGGAGGGGGCUACAAUUAUUUUAAGGAGUAGAUAUAAAAAAAAGUCUAUUCAUUAUACAGUGUCCCGUGAAUUUCUGUAUAGCACGAGCGAUGCGAUGCUUUGGGUAUGAUUGCAAGCGUCAGCCCUUUUCAGCUGGAGUUUUACUUGCCUGUGUGGGCUGAAAUUUGGCUUCGCGGUGGGAUAUUAUUGUUAUUAUUGUUAUUAUUAUGCAAGCGAAAACCCAACCUGCAGGUUGCUACCAGGUAUGAUACCAUGGGGUUUAUUUUAAGCUGCCCUUUCUGCAGAGUGGGCUCUUUGAAAAGAGAUGCUAAAGGGUUACACUGCUACGUGAAGGUUUGGGAGGGAGUUUGAAGUUUCUUCCCAGCCCGGCUUGAAACCAAUGGCACUUCUGCACCGACUCCUAGCGGCAGGGACCACGCUGGAGUUCCUGGUGCCAGGCAAACAGGUCCCAGCGGGAGGAGACCAUGUUCCCCAGGCUGUUCCAGCAGUGGAGUUUCGCCGUCUUCCUGCUCAGCUACUCCGUGCCUUGCUGCGGGAGAUCGGUGGAGGGCAUCAGCCGCAGGCAUAAGAGAGCUGUAUCAGAGCAUCAACUAUUGCAUGACAAAGGGAGAUCUAUCCAAGAUUUACGAAGAAGGAUGUUCCUCCAAAAUUUAAUCGAGGGAGUGAACACAGCAGAGAUCCGGGCUACUUCUGAGGUUUCUCCUAACCCUAAGCCUGCUACCAACACAAAGAACUACCCAGUUCGAUUUGGCAGUGAAGAUGAAGGCAAAUACCUAACUCAGGAGACAAACAAAGCUCAAACAUACAAGGAGCAGCCCCUGAAAGCACCUGGUAAGAGGAAGAAAGCAAAGCCUGGAAAACGCAAGGAACAAGAAAAGAAAAAGAGGCGUACUCGAUCAACAUGGCCAAAUUCUGGAGUACCUGGUAGUGGAGACAAAGGGCUCCCCCUCUUGGAAAUCUCUGAUACUACACGUGAUCACAAUUUAAGGUACAAGGCACAGCUCAUGAACACUGUGAUAGUGGGACGGAUGGAGCAUCCCAUACAAGCGCCCGGGGGGGGAGGAGGCCGUAUGCUCGGUGGUGGACUCAGGUGUGGACCGGAAGUACUGCCAGCAAGUGUGCGGGGGACUCCUCCUCCCACACCACCCCGGCUCAGCAAUCAGCUUCAGGGGGACCCCAGGUGCCCCCCAGACCCAGGAGGCAUCAGUCACCAAGCCGUGCGCUCCACAGCAGACUUGGAAGUGGACUGGAAGUGCUUCUGGUCCACUUUCAGGUCUGCUGCCGAUCACUCUGGGGACCCCCCCCGCACUCCUGUGGGACCCUCCAUCUGCCCCAGCAUCUCAGCAUUCAUGAGCUACCUGGUACCUUGAGGUAUGUAGAAAAAACAUUUAAAGCUAUGUCUAUGUCCAAAUCAUCAAAUCUCUCCGAAUUGAUUCAGAGGGUUCCGAUUCAAUUCAGAGAGAUUACAGGGUCUCCUGAUUUGAUUCAGAUUCAGAGAUUUGGCUGCUGAAUUGGGCCGAUUAUUCCACUUUAUUUUCUCAUUAUUUCACUUUAUUUUAUGUGGUUUGGUAUCUGUUUAGGAAACAGAGUUUUAUGACCCCAACAUACAAGAUGCUUAAGCACAUACCUAACUAGGCUCACUAAUUUGGGAAAGGCUGUUUCCAAGUUUCAAGGUAGACUUAUGCUGAAGCAUCUUCCAGAAUCAAGACCUAAAUGAGGCAGUCUCCUUCUGACCUCUGUGUGUACAUACAGCUGCAGAUGGUAUAGACUCGGCUGCUGCAUGAAAGCAGUCUGCAAUUCCUCAUGCUGCUAGUAUUGUGUUGAAACCACCAUACAGGAGUCUUAAAAAAAUCCUAGUAGCCCAGCACUGUUAAUCAGCUUUUCCUAGGGGGAAUAUUUAAUAGUGAGGCACAGCCUAUAUUACUUGUCGUGCUGUUACUAUUAAUCUUAUGUCCACUUAUUUACAAGGAAAAUUAAUUUUUUCCACUUUUUUCUCUCUUUUUU